AUGACGGGUCAGAGGAGCAAGCUCUUUGCUGCCUCGCUCAGAGGGUUUCUUGGAGCUAUCGUCCUGCUGCAAGUCAAGCAGGCUGCAGCUCUGAGCGCUCUCAGUGAUUGGUACAAUGGGACUGCCACAUACUACGGGGGCCCUGCCGAUAACAUGGACCCCUACAGUCCCUCCUAUGGCACCAAGGAGGGCGCCUGCGGGUAUUACUUGAUGGACAAGACAAAGUGGCCAUACUGGUCGGUUGGUGCCCUCACCCCCUCCAAUCUCUUUGUGAAGCAGGGCCCAGCCCAAGCCUGCGGGGCGUGCUUUGAGAUUUGGUGCCAGCCAGGGAGCCUUGUGGGCGAAUGCAAUCCAAAUCCGAACCAGCGGCGGGUGACCAUUAUGAUGACCGACAUCUGCGAGCCCUGCAACCCAGGCGGCGACAGCCAGAUCGAUCUCCAGGCCCUCACCUUCCUCAAGAUUGCACCGUGGUAUGGCGGCAGGAUAAACAUCAGGUACCGGAGGGUCGACUGCAGUCCCCCCAGCAGCAUCAAGCUCCAGCUGCUCAACGUCAACGGCGACGGCCAGUGGCUGCGCAUGACCGUCCAGGAAGUUGCAGGCACGGGCAGCGUGGCUCACGUAGAGGUGAAGGGGCAAAAGGGAGAUAGCUGGGUGGGCCUGAGAAACUCCUGGGGCGCUGCUUGGGAGGUCGAUCAAGCUCCCUCCUACCCACUGGACAUCCGCAUCGUCAACGACAAGGGCCAAGAGGUACGCCCGGCAAUUUUGCAGCGUGUAAUAAUAAUAAUAAUAAUAAUAAUAAUAAUAAUAAUAAUAAUAAUAAUAAUAAUAAUAAUAAUAAUAAUAAUAAUAAUAAUAAUAAUAAUAAUAAUAAUAAUAAUAAUAAUAAUAAUAAUAAUAAUAAUAACAAUAAUAAUAAUACGUAAUACAGUGAUUGCAUACAGUGCGAUCAAGUCGGACGGCUCCAGUUCCUCGCAGCUGCCACCCAACAUCCAGUUCACCAGCGGUGGUGCAUCAAGCCCGCCAGUGACAGCGUUUGAGGGCCCAGCAGCUCAAGACGCGCGCUGCAGUGAUCCGGAGGUCUCAGCCUUCAGUCUGGAUGUCAACGCGCAGACCCCUCAGGCCUCCAACGGAGGGAUCCCUAAAUGCACCGCCUCGCCACCGCCGCCCGCGAAACCCCCACCCCAGCUGCCCCCCGCUGUGCCCGCUCCCGUGCUACCUGCGCCUCAGCUGCAGCAGCAGCCUCCCGCGCAGAUUCCCAAACAGGCAACCUCUCCCGUAGUUCAAAUACCGCCCCCUGUUAACAACCCCGCCAACGCUCUGCCGCCCAUCAACCCUGUGCCAGCUGUCAACCCUGUGCCAAACCCUGUGCCAGCUGGCAGCCCCGUGCCAAGCCCCAUGCCACCUGUCAACCCUGUGCCAGCUGGCAGCCCCGUACCAAGCCCCAUGCCACCUGUCAACCCUGUGCCAGCUGCCAACCCCAUCCCGGCCCAGCCAGUGCAGGCGUCCCCUAUGCCUGUGCCAAACCAGCCGGUGCAACCCGCACAGCCGGCGCUGCCCGCUGGGGCAGGCAGCCCUGCCCAGCCGGGCAGCCCAGUCAACCCCGACACGCAGCCAAUGCAGGCAAUGCAGCCGGCAGGCCCCAAUCCCAUGGCACAGCCCUCGCCUAAUAUGCCCGCCCCUGCACUGCCCGCUGCCCAGCCCGGGCAGCCCACUGGAGGGUCCCCUGUGAUUGACCCCUGUGCCUGCCCAAAUGUACCCCCAGACGCAACCUACAACUGCCAGCAGCAGGCUUCGUUUGGAAAGUGCACAGACCUCUUCAUGACGCAGCCGUCGCCGCAGCUGCCGAGCGGCUUCUGCGCAGCUACGUGCAAGCGCUGCCCUGGCUGCCCGGCGAUUGCCUCUGACAUUCUUGGUGUGGAUUUGGGCAAGCGGCUGAUGCGCAACCGCAAGCCGGUCAACCUCAAGGCGUUUGCAAUGGCGCACAACUUUGUCAUGUUCUCUGCCAGCCUCUACAUGGUCAUCGAGACCGUGCGGCAGGCAGCGGACAACUUCCGGUGGGGCCAGCUUGGUGGCGGCGGCGUGUGGGGCAAUAUUGCAGAGGCGCCCGGCAAGCCGUUGAGCCCAUCUGGACACCGCAUGGCGCGCGUGCUGUGGAUUCACUACCUCUCCAAGGCGUACGAGUUCACGGACACGCUGAUAAUGAUCCUAAAGAAGAACGAGCGCCAGAUCAGCUUCCUGCAUGUCUAUCACCACGCCACCACCUUCUUCCCCUGCUGGUGGUCGGUGAUGAACUUUGCGCCGGGCGGUGACACCUACUUCACAUGCGUCCUCAACUCUGGCGUCCACGUUCUGAUGUACGGCUACUACUUGGCAGCGGCAGCAGGAGUGAAGGUCCCCAAGGGCGUCAAGAAGUCCCUCACGACCGUGCAGCUGGCGCAGUUCGCGCUCUUCUUUGUGCACGCCCUCUACGGCGCUGUCUAUGCCACCCACUACCGGCCUCGCAUCAUCAUCGUGCUCUGCCUGUUCCAGGCAGUGGUGUUCGCCAGCCUCUUUGGCAACUUCUUCUGGAAUGCUUACAUGAAGCAGGCAAAGGACGGGCAAGAGAAGAAGAGGACCUAG